AUGUCGAUUUCAAGAUGGAGGCACCUAGGCGUCUAUCUAUCCCUCAUAUGGUACUUUGUUGCCGUCUGUGACAGCCUCAGUACCACGCGAACGGCAAAAUGUGUGCUUGGUGGAGGUCAAGGUGUCGAACGAUGUGUCUCCAGAUACCAGCCAGCGUUCCUCAACACUGCGCUGGUGCCAGUGGAAUCCAGAAGAAACGGAAGGACGCAUGGGAGCCAAAUGCCUCAAAAAAAUGAUCGCAUCACAACUCGUAAAAGCGAAUCACAUCUGUGCGCUAUCAGUAAUGAUGUAGGUUUAUAUGAUGUACUGUCUGAAAGAAGAAAGGCUGUAUCAAAAAUUAUUUGCCACCAUGUUGAUCGGGCACUCCAAAAGCUAAAGGAGAGUACCUUGUGUAAACAACUUAAGCAUGUGGCUGCAUCUGCGAUAAAUCGUAUGAGCGCAUUGUCUACAAAGGAGCAAAUAGGUUUGGCAAUUCUAGGGGAGAUCAUAUAUGCGUUUUACCUGCCCAAUUUCCAUAUACUCUUCCCGUACCAGAUCAUCCCGGUAAACUCGGGCCUUGGAGUGGACGUUGGCCUAGAUACGAUUACGUCUAUCGUCUCUGGGUACUAUCUUUGGAUUUCGAUGCAAAAGCCAGUUCCGAAAGUAACAUUGAACUUACGCCAGAAGUUUACCAUACCGCUAGUCGCGGCCGGACUACUAGGGAGCUUUUAUCUAUCAGGAUAUACAGCGCAGGCAGUCGACAAUGGCAUGCUACUAUUCUCUGCGAUGGAUUUCCCGAUAAGCGUGGCACUUCAGCGGUCUGCGCGGAUACUAAUAAGCCACCUAAGCUGGGUACUCGUUGGAGCCAAAAUGCUUAGCCAUAUCAUGCCUCUAAAAGGUACAAAUACGGAGUGGUUCGCGAUGAAUCCUAAGGAUCUCUGGGUUUACAAGGCAUUGGCUGGGUACUUUGUGUCUUGCACGAUAUACAACAUCACCGACGUGGUAUUCAAUGCAGCACAGGCACUCAAAAAGAAACUCGCACCCAAUGAGACCGACGUAGACGACGAAAUGAUGGAAGGGGUUUUAAUAGAGCCUUCUGAACUAUUCCCCGCCAUUAUCGCUUCGUUGGGGCCGUGUUUGACGGCACCCUGGUGGGAAGAGAUGCUAUAUCGCAUAUUCACUUUCAAAGCGCUAAAUGUUAAACUACCGAGGCGAAUGGCAACGGUACUUUCAGCUUUCAUUUUCGCUGCUCAUCACAUGAAUCCCCGAAGCCUUCUGCAGCUGUUCGGCCUCGGUAUCCUCUGGUCGCUCAUCGAGCAAGGCACCAAUAACGUAUUCGUCAACAUCGCGAUACAUUCAAUGUGGAACACCAGAAUCAUGUUAGGAACGCUCUUGGGAAGAUAG